AUGGCAAGCCCCUUUUUCGCGAUGAUUGCCUGGAGAUUAUACUCCGCACUCACUCACGCUGUCAUUGCCUCCCGCACUGGGUGGGCACGCGGUGCUGCUGCCCCACGCGCUGCAGUGCGGCACGAAGCAGUGGGGCGAGCUGGGGAGGAGCGGAAGUUCACAGACCGCUUUCAACAAAACUUCCUGCAAAAGCACCUGGGAGCUGCUGCACAACCCCAGAAUAUUACGUUCAACCGAUACAGUCAGCCAGUGCUCUGCCAGGAUGUAAAGCACCACCAGCAGCAGCAGCGCUCGGAGGGCGUGGGAGCAGCAGACCUGGCGUUCGGAGGGCUGUCGUAUGAGGAGUGCGUGACGGCGUUCCUCGCCCCCCACGCUCGCUGCUGCCUCCCACCCGCCCCGCCCAACCUCUCAUCCCUCGCCACCCCUCCUCCUGCUUCCCAAGCUCCUCCUGCUGUUUCCCAAGGCGCCACCUUCUCUGCUGUGGCUGAUUGUACCUACGAGUUUCCCUUCGCCCAGGAUGCUUUUCCCGUUGCUGCUUCCUCUAACACCGCUGCUCUGUGUCGGGCAGUGAAGCGACCAAGAGACGAUUGCCCUGAGGUGGGGGCACAAAAACCGCUGCUGGGACGCGACAGCCAGUUGCUGCAAGGUGGGGUGGUGCGAGGCGGGACGGUGCGAGGAGGGAUGGUGCAAGGUGGAAUGGUGUGUGGCACGGAAAGCCGGCGUCAGUCGGUGGCAGAGCAGUUCCAGCAUCAGGGGGCGAGCAGGCGCGAGCAGCCUUCCAGUGAAGCGAGCAAGAGAGGACUGCCCCGGGCAUGA